AUGUUCCCUUGGUUUUCUUGGCAUCGCCUCCGCCAACCUCUUGCUUCUCCUGAAUCUCCUCCUGCUCCUCUUCGUAAUCAAGAAGUUGUAUUUCUCGGAGAUUACAAACCGGAAAGACAAAGGGCAGACAAUUGGAAAGUGGUUUUGAGAGACACCGAAGAAGACAAACUCGUUCGAUGUGUCGUCGUCAACAAUGUGAUCGUCGGUGCUCUUCUCAUCGGUGAAACGGAAAUGGAGGAAACACUGGAGAAUCUCAUCUUGAACAAGACAGAUCUCGAAGGAAUUUCAGAGACAUUCUUGGAGCCCGGAGUCGAUCUCGAUGACUACUUCGAUUGA